CGUUCGGCGAAAAGAACGAUCGACAUUCUCACAUUGCCUUUGCGCAGCAGGCAUGGCGCACGUUAGCCCCGUAUUCCUCUUUAUAACAUUAUUCCAAGUAUGCCGACUGACGUUAUCUGCAACAGAAACAUGGUAUUCAGCAAACGUUAUAAACAACGGAGACUUCUCACCGAAACCUAUCUCGGAGAUUUUCUCUUCUACUGAAGCGCCACCGCCCUUCUCUACAAAGAAUCCAAUUGUCGUUUUAUCUCCCUCUCCUUCACCUCAGAGAGUAUCUACCGCAUCAAUAUCGACUUACAAUCCGAACGGAAUAAACUCUUUCACAACUUCAACCCCAUUACCAGAACAAUUUUUAUCGACCAGUCCAUCAGUACCGACCGGGUCCAAUUUCUUCGAAACUCAAUCGACAUUUUCCUUGCCAACUCAGCCAGAUAGGGCAGAAUUUAGCCCGUUCCCGUUUCAAAUAAUAGAACAGCCAAAUGGCUUGCCCGUUUUACAAGAAAAGGAGAAACCACAAGAACCUCCUAACUAUUUCGUAGUAUAUCAACAGCCUCCCCGAAUACUUGAAAGUUAUCCUAGCGGCCCACAGCAGGGCUUUGCAUCCCCCCAGACUACGUUAUCAACUUUACAGCCAGAAAUUUCAACUCCGCAGUCUACUUUCUCAACUUUUCGACCAGAAAUAUCGAGUACCGAAUCCAUAUUCUCGUCCGUGAAUAACGAGCUAUCAUUUUCACAAUUUCCUACCUCAACAAUGCGUCCAGAGAUUUCAACCAUGUCAUCAACAUUCUCUACUUUGAUACCCGUCACAAACGGAUUUGCAGUUUCCGGUUCACCUGACUUUACUUCAUCUGGAACCACUUUUUCAACUGCACAACCUUCACAAACUACUUUUACCUCGACGCCACGGUCUACGUCUAGUCUCUCGACGCUACCGUCUACGUCUGGUCCUUCGACAUUAUGGUCGGCUAUUUCUACAGUCUCUACGCUACGCCCACCUUGUAGCAAUGGCACAGGCACACUUCCAUUUGGCUUCAACUAUCCGUCACUCCGAAUCAGAAUGGUAGCGCCGAAAGGUUCAAUAACCAACAUCCAUUUGAACCCGCUCGCUACGCCGUCUCCUAGACGGACCAAAACUACCAGAAAGCCAACGACGGCAAGAACUCGUAAAACGAAAAUAACGAGAAAUAACUACGACAUGUGUUUAAACUCUUGCAGUGGAAAGAAGGCACCAAUAUGCGCCGCCCCACUGGCAAAGAUUCCGAUAGAUCCAAAUACUUUGAAGGGAUUCCCAUCAAUAUGUCAUAUGGCAUGUUUUAAUUCCUUCAAGAAAAUUCAAUACGAAAUGCUAGUGGACGGUCGAUGCGGCAGACUACGCAAUCGGAUUCGUCCACUGGACUCCAAUACUAAGCUUAAGAAAACGGAACUUGACAAAGCACAGUACACAAUUGUGAAUGACCCACAAACAAUCGUAGAGGUUUCUAAUUUGUCACGCUAGACAGUAGUUUGUUGGGCUGUUACGCAUUCGACUACUAGAUGGCGUUGUAAAAACGAUAAUAAUUCGUAACUGUCAAUAACAACAAAAUGGAAACUCCUGAAGCCCUUAGAGGAUGGAAAAAAAUAACUUAAGCCUCAACGAAAAGAUUGACAAGAUAAAACUUUGGACUAACGUCGUGGCGAAGAUUCUUUUUCCUAUUGACAACAGAAAUGAUAUCAUGACAGCGUCAACAUCGUAAGGUCUAAAAUUAAAACGCUUGUCUUCCUUAACUUUGCUGGAAACACCGACAGUGUCGAAGAAGCUUAUAAAGGUGCUUACAGAUUUGCUCGAUUUUUGAUGAUCUUUACAUCACUUUUGGCGAUGGAUAAAUAUAAAUCAAGGUUAAAACCAAACAAAUUUGUAUUUGCGUCUACGCCAAUUUAAAUUCCACAGUACCGAUUGUCACAAAAUACAUUGUCGAUGGUCUAUUGCUUAGACAUUUACUCGAUUUUGUCGAUCGUCAAAAAAUCAAGCAAAUCAGUACGCACCAUAUCACACAAAAAUUUAUUGAUUGAACACGUCCGUUUGUUUUUAUUGUGCAGUGCCGUUUAGACAACUCCAAUCCCAUUUAGGACUUCAUUUGUGUCUCAAGGGAUAGUAUUAAGAAGUUACUGUAAUUUAAUGCAAGGAGACUGAAAUUAAAAAUCGUCAUUAAAAAUGUAUUCCAAGAAAAGAUUUCACUCCGUGACCCCACCGCUUCUCGUAACUACUUAAUCCAUAGGAUGUUAACCGGUAGACAGCGCUUUGCACAGAAGCUACACGGAUCCAAAUGUCCAAUGUACAACAAAGUAAGCGUAUAAUGUGAAGUGCGGCAGUCCUAUAUGUAUAGUUGGUACUUUCAUCGGACUGUGAAAAAUAUAAUAUAUUCAACAUUGUUGCACAUCACAAUCGAACAAAACGCUACUUUAGGUAUAAAAGGUCAACAAUGGCGACGAUCGUCCUUGCCAUUUUUAAGGUAUAUUUAUUUAGAGAACAACUGAUAUCAAACCAUCUAACGAACUACAAUUUAAAGAGUUUGGGUUUGAACCCACUUGUCAGUUGAUAUGAUUUCGUUGUCGUUGCAAUCGUCACUACACUUUAUGCUUAUGCGUACUCAACAAAUAUAAAGCUUGAAAAGCUGAUAUAUGAAAUCUAACCCU